CGGAGUUGGUGACUUCCUGAAACGAAACGGUCUGAAAAGUACACAUCCAUAAUGAAGAUGCGUUCGUUCUUACCUGCAGUUGCUGAACAGCUUUUCCGAGAUAUUCAAAAAGCAUACCAGGAAACUUCCCAAAUACCUGAUGACCUGCUUAUUGCGCUGAAGUUUGUUUUCGGGCCGUGUGCGCUGCAGGCUCUGGACCUUGUUGACCAGCACUCAGUCACCUGUCUGUCAUCUCCCAGUGGACGCAAAGCUUUCCAGGUGAUAGGAGGAUCGGGGCGUUUGUACACAUGCUUUGUGUCCUGUCACUACUGCCCGUGCCCGGCCUUUGCUUACACCGUGCUGCGCAGAAAUGAGGGCCCGCUGUGUAAACACAUCCUGGCUGUGUACCUGUGUCAGGCCAUGGCUGUGACUCAGCAGGAGAGCGUGUCUGAUCCGCAGAUGUCCGCACUGUUGAGUGGGACAGCCCCUCUGUGACCCCCAGGUAUGUUCAGUACUACCCCUAAAGAACGAUGUUCUCAACCUACACGUUGGGUCUCUGCAGAGGAUCGGAGGACGGGAACACAACUGCAGUUUAAACUCUUUCAUUUGUCUCUCUGUAAGACACCAGAUAUUUCAUCUGUUUCUCUGGAAACUACAUUUUUUGCUCCUUUUUUAAAAACCUGAAAAAUGUAAUUUGUAAAUAUAAAUCGUAUACAUUUCAGUAAUAAAAACUCACCUUUAACAAUAUAAACAUUGCCUUUAUUAACAAAAUAAUUCACAAUACAUACAGAUUGCAUUAUGUUAAAUAGCGGUAUCAGUUGUAGUUUAGUUGGAUGAAAGGGAGAAGGCUUGACCACAGUGGAUGCUUCCUGAUUAGUAACAACACUACAGCACACUGACAGGAACUCGGGAAUGAAAGGCAGGAAUGUUGAAUUAGAUCAACUCGGUUUUGUCUGUCUCACAUUUAGAAUCACAAAAGAAGGCAAUAGUUUGACAUCAAUCAAUAGCUCGUAGAAAGCCAGACACCUACAGUACUUAUUGUUUACACAACAACGACAGUAAUACAACGUCACAGUGCAGUUACAGUAUAGAUGUCUCCAUUGGAAUGUACUUACACUUUGGCACACUCCUGUUUUUAGCCCUUGAAGUUAGUGAGAGGUGGUACACUGGACAUGUGGGGGGGUAUAGUGAAGCACUGAAGUCAACACCAACACAACAUGGUUCAACAGCACCCAUGAAGCACACCAAAUGAGAAAUACGUCAGUGAAAAUGUCAGUGCAAUGUGUUUUUUCAUUUGUGUAGUGAUGGCUCUCAGGUGACUAAGUUCACCCUUUUUUUCUGUCACAUUACAAAUUCACAAUACUCCCAGCAAAACUCUGCUGUGCUCUGAUUAAAUUCACCAAGACCUUUCUGGGUGAUUCAUCGGCUCUGUCUCAUAAGCUCAACCACACCCCCCUCCAAAAAAGAACUAAAGCAUCAGGUGCGUUAAGGUUUGACUCGGUGCUGCAGCUGUGUUGCCUCAAACGAGUAACCUGCAUGCGAGUACCUUUGCAAAUAAGAAAUAAUGUUUCCUCUCAGAGAACAAAUUAUUCGUAUGACAGGCAUAUUCGGGUGUAGGUAUAAAUAAAUUCAAAUAUUCAGAAAAAAAAAAAAAAGUCACAUCUGGUCUGUGUUGUAAUAAGAUUGAUCCAACCUUUCAAGGUUCUUCUAGCUAAUUCAUAACUCAUAAACUCAGGGAAUACUCCCUUUUUUUAUUUCGCACUUUUUUAUUGCAUCACAUCCCCCUUUUAUUUCAGGAAUUCAGGAUUGAGGAAUUUUUGGGGGGCUAAAAUAGACUAAUACAAACCCAUCUUUGCUAGCGUGGAAGAGUUAAAAUGGUGUGCCUUAGCAGUUUGAUUAGUCCUCAAUACAAUUCAUUUAGCUAUUUUUUCAAGUUCAGCUGAUCUCAGGUCAGUGAGUGACUGCAGCAGCUUGAGGAGGACAGACUGCGCUAACAGGACAGAGAGUGCCUGAGGA